GUCGGAGCUGGUCUCUGACACGGGGCUCUCGGCCCCCGUAGCGGCGUUUCGGGUCCGGGUCUAGCUCAGCUCAGGUUUAUUUACACAGCGCCAAAUCGCGGCGCCACUCGUCAGACCACGCCCCGAGCCAGCACUUGGCGACCGUGGGAAGCAAAAACUCCAUUUCCCGCGCGAUGACGUCAUGGCGGUGUUUGGGACGCUCCUCUGUGUUUACAUGAUGUUCGGCUCACCUUGGCCCUCAGGCACGCGCUCCGUGACGUGACUAGUGGAGACACGCUAAACCCUGUAACUGAAGGACUGAUGAGAGGUGAAACGUCCAUGACCUGGAUGACCGAGAUCCUCCACAGACACGCCUGCGUGUGUUUUAUGUGUGGCUCUAACGGUUUUUCCCGUGAGGGUGGACUUGAGGGUGACAAACCCACGAAGCCCAGUGUCAGAUGUGGCUCAGAGGAGACGCGCUGAGUUGCGGUUGUUUCUGUGGCAGCGUGGUUGCUGUAGUAUGUGGACUCAGCUCUGGAGGGCCCGCAGAGGUCACAUAUGGACCUUUAUUACAAAAGCUGCGGGGUCGGACUCUGACGUAAUGGACGAUGUUUCCCAGAAAGUUGUUUCUGUCCAUCUGCAGCAGCGUUGCAGUCAGAAACCUUUGCGCUGUCCUCCACGCGACUGCACGAACGCUGCAGCUGUGUGACCAACAAAACGGCACCAUCGCACAAACAUGAGCGCAGACUCAUGAUCAGCGUUCAAACUACAAAUACCGUUAAUAGCAGCUCUCAGAUGAGCGAAACUCAGGUUUACUGUUAAAGAGAGUGAACUCUGAGUCAGUUGCCAUGGUAACUUGGAAGAUUUUCUUAAAGUGCAGCAAGGGGCUGUAAACACAGUGAGGGUAUAUAUACGUAUAUCUGUGCCCCCUUUGGACGACCUGAGUCACUGAGUGAAGAUGAGGCUGAAAUGAGAUUAAAGAAGCAACUUUGCUGAGCAACAUGGAAGCGACAGGAGCAUCAGGAGACAACCUGAGUCAGCAGUGCAGCAACUGCGACGCAGCCUCCGCCGCAUGUUGGUGUCUCGACUGUAAUGAAGCUCUGUGCGGCGUCUGUGUGUCGGCGCAUCGCAGAGUCACGGUGACCAGAUCACACAGGCUCCUCCAUCACCCGCCAGAAGGAAACAUCUUGUCUUCUCCUACCAAGUUCUGCAGACUCCACCCAUCUGAGCCACUCCAACUCAUCUGCUUCACCUGUAAGCAGCUCACCUGCAGAGACUGCCAGCUGACGACUCACAUGAACCACAGGUACCGCUUUGUCAGUGAGGCGGUGGUCAGCCUGAAGAAGCAGCUGGACGUGUACGUUCAUUCCACGACGAGGCAGGAGGACACGGUGAGGCGCAGUCUGCAGGACAUGGAGACCAGGCUGCAGAGCAUCGAGCAAACAGAGUCUCGUGUGAGGACCGAGCUGCAGGCGGGAUUCGUCGCGUUUGCUAAACUUUUGAAAGCGAAAAUGGUGUCACUCCUCAAAGACAUAAAGAAGGUGUAUGAGCUGGAAUGUGAGCAGAUUCAGGGGAGGAUGGUGAAGAUGAAGCAGCUGCAGCAGAGCCAAAUGUCCAUGAAGGAAACGCUCGAAAAGGCCCGAAAUCUCACCGACCUGCCGACCCUGCUCUCACACACCGCACAGAUUAAAACCCAAAUGAAGGAGCUUCUAGAUCAGGACUCGGACCCCCCUCUGAAAAUGCCUGAAGUGAAGCUCAUUACCAAGUUGGGUUACGAGGAAACCCUCUCUGAGCUUUGUAACCUUCAUGUUUCCUGGAUCCCUUUCGCUGUGCCACCAACCUUGGAUAAAAACACAGGAACUCCGGCGACUCCUGCUGCCCCUCCUCCCACCUCCACCUGCAACCCCAUCUCCAGCACCGUGAUGGACAGCGCCUCUGCUUCUCAUUCGCUUCAUCUGUCGUUUACAUCCUCAUCUGCCCCCACACAUGGAACAGACUCCACUUCUUUCAAGUCUCCCUCCACCUGUCUGGCAUCCCCCGGCCUCCAAACUGAGGCGGCCGGUUACAGUGCUACACCUGUUCCUGAUGACUGUGCUGCUACACCUUCUCCAUCCUCACAGUCAAGUUCAUCUUCGGCCCUUUGGAAAUUUUCGCCCAACCUAACCCUUUAUAAUCUCCUCACUCGCAACCAGGUUGGCACUCAGGAAUCGGUCAAUCCUCGAUCUCCGCCCUCGAGUUCCCCAUCGGGUCAGUUGAGUCAUGCUCUCCCUCCAACCGCCACCUCUCCUGCAACCUCCAACAGGCCCCUCCCCCCAUCCUGUAAUGCCCCAGGCGCUCCAACCAGCCGUGCCUCUCCUUUGUGCACGCUCUUAUCCAGCUGCUCCACUUCCAUUACCCCUCCUGCUCACAUCUCCACCUUUCCAUUGCCCACUGACAGCACCCCUCAAACUGGCAAAGCUAUGAACUGUAACCCACCAGCUACCACCAGUGUUCUCCCUCCACCAUCAACGUCUGUGUCUGCUCAGCCCAGCGUUCCUCUGUCCUCCACGACCGCCAUGUUUCCCUCCUCCAUCACUCCUUCCAUCUCCACCCGUCCCAGUCUGUCAGCACUUGUGUCCAGUCAGCCCACUAUUCCUCCAUCCUCCACAACCUCCAUGUUUCCCCACUCCUCCACCUCCUCUUAUACUCCUUCCACCUCCACCAAUCCAGUGUUCACCGGCUCCAUCGCUCAAGCCAACACCUCCCCCGACACACCUGUUACCAUCAGUAGCUUCUCGUCACCACAUUUAACCAAUCAGUUGUCUGCGUUUCCCCCCUCCUCCUUAUCCACCCCUCUUCCCACCUCCACCUGUCCAGCAGCCACCACCGCGUCUGUUUUCCAGACUCUCGACAGCCGUGUCACUAACCUGGUUGUUCCAGAUAGUUCCACGUGUCGCCCUUUGGCGUGGCUCUUGCCCUACGAUCAGUGUAAUCUUCGUCUGUCCUCCUCCGCCUGCCCCUCGUCUGUUUCUCCUCCAACCGUCUCUUCCACCUGCCCACCUGCUCAGAUUUCUAACUCGCCGAGCGCCUCUCCGAAUCAGUUCAAACCUCUUGUUACACAUUCAAGCAUGGUGUUGGCUGGUUCUCCAGCCACCUCCUCCACAUUAAACUCCGCCCGUCCCGUGUCCUCCUGGUGCCUCCUCCCCCAAACAAGUAACUUCAGUAAUCCUAACCUACUUGUUCCAGUCACCUCUGAUGCCACCACCACCUCCUCGACAACCAUAAACUCCUCCUCCACCAGCCCACCCACAUCCACCUUUGCUGUUCUGACCAGCAGUAACGCUGCUUCGCCUGUUCCCGUCAGCAUUCCUUCAUCUCUUUGGAGUUCCUCGUCCACUUCGUCCUCUGUAGCUUUUGUAUACUCCUCCUCUGCCACCCCGCCCAGCACCACCUGCUCCACAGCGGCGCACAGCUCGCUGCUCCACACGUCUCGCUCGCUGCUCCACACGUCUCACUCGCUUUUUCCAGUCAGCAGUCUCAGUACGUCACAGAUCUUCGCUCCCUCUAUCACUCCAACCAUGUCGUCCUUCAUCAGUUCUCCCUCCUCCGCCACCAGUUGUUCAUCUCCCAGCUAUUUGUUCCUCCCCCAAACUGACGCCUCCCGUUCCUCAGUUGUUCUCAGCAUGCUGCCUGCCGGCUCCACGUUCCCCCUGUCGGCGGGUCAGUUUCUAUCCUCACUUAAACCCGUCCAACCACUGCAGGUUCUGAACCAAACCGCUGGUCCUCACUGGAACCAGCCCACCAUCGUCAUGCUGACCAACACUCAGAGUAUGUAUCAGGUGCUGCUCAACGAGACUGCUCUCAUCAGGCUGCCUGAUCAUCGCGCUUUCCAUCCGGCCUCGGCGCAGAAACGAAGCGGCCUCGAGGAAAGCACCAUCACAGAAGUGAGUCCAGAGACUUCUGCGGGAAACUCUAGCUGCGACGGACCGAGCGGCACGUUACCGUCAGAGCAGCAAACCAUGGAGGAUACGAGCCCGGCUUUACCCAGCAGCCCUUUGUCCUCGCUUCAGGAACUCGACAGCACACUUCAUCCCCCCUCCCCUCAGGAACAGACUCAGCAGGUUCCCGUGGAGGGCUUGGUGGUUGACUCUCGCUGUGAUAGCACUAUACAAGAUACUGAGGAGGUCCGGGAAACGAAAGAAACCGAGCACGCCACUUGUGUCUCUGACGAAGCAAAACCGAACGCCCUCGAGCCAAAAGACGACUUACCAACACUGGUAACUCCUGACAAGGACAUCGAAGAGCUGAGCGCCGUGAUUGGACAGGAGGACUUCAGUCUGAGUCGGUGGCAGCCCAAAGUGUCCGUAUUGAGACUGCCUGUGUCCCUGCCAAGAUUUGGACGGUCCCUUCCCAGUUUUCGUCUGUUACCUGGAGAGACUGAAGAUGAGAUUUACCUGGAGGAAAUGAGCGACGACUGUCAGUCCGAUGCCGAAGACGGGCCGGCUGACAAAGAGGAUUUCAUGAAGCCGGAAUCGUCCCCAGACUCUCCGAUAACCCUGGAGAUUCUUGCCUGCUCGGUUUGUGCAUCGCCCGGCACUUCGAUCAUCUGCUCUGCCUGCGGUCGAGGAUACCACAGAGACUGCCACGUCCCCCCAGUUGGACUCGACUUUUGGUCAGAGUGGGCCUGUUCAUUAUGUCAGAACCUGUCAGACCCGUCGGACCCCUACAGCACCGAGAGACUUCAGCGCACCAGCCUCAGUCUGCAGAGCCUCAGGAGGUGCGAGUGUCUCGUUCUGCAUCUGAAGGUUGAAGUCUGCAGUCGGUGCUCUCAGUUUGGCGGUUUGUCUCGGCUGAAGUCGAUAUCGGACCGCCUGACCCUCCGCCGGCCUCCUCCGUAUCAAACGGCCGCGGAGCUCGUCUCUGACAUGUGGACUCUGUUUAAAGACGCCUCUCAGGACGACGAGUUGCAGAAACUGCGGGAAAGUUUCCGGAUGAAGUUGGUGGAAACUCUGAGUUCGGAGCUCCAUCCUUCACUCCUCACCGCACCGAACUCAAACCCGCAAACUGCCGCUGGACACGCAAGCAGAUCGCAGCGUGGCCGAGAAGACGAGAGCUUAAAGUUGGAAAAAGAAGAAGGGUUAAUACCGGAAUCCAAACUCGAGGACUUCAGGAAGAGACUGAGAGACUUUCUGGAUCUAAAGGGAAGUCCUGGUCCAAAGAGGAGAAAGAGAGACGAUGACUGAGGAGGUUUUAAAUGACCAAGAAAUCUCUGCACAGCUGCUUUUUUCUUUUUUUAACCCAUGAAUGUACGAGUGACCUCAGCAAUAGUUCGUAUAUGACCUUUACACAUAAAAUGAAGGAGAAACUGCCCGUCGCAGUUUCCUGUAGCAAGCGGCCGUCUUCAGAUGUCAUAAGUUUGUGUGAAAAGCCCAGCGAGACUGAACGUAGCGCGAUGGAAACGACGCGACUAACCGUGCGUGUGACCGGAAACACGCUCGUCUGCUCCGCCUUCAUCGGUUUGUUUCCUCGCUGCUUUUAAAAACCAAAAUCAGAGUUUCAGCGGCUCAAAGAAAAUAAAAACCUGUCCUGAUGCAGAUUUGAUCGGUGGAAGCUCGGCUCUGUGCGCUCGGUGCUGGAGCUCCUCCAGGGGUGCAGGGGCUCCUCCAGAUGUGCAGGGGCUCCUCCAGAUGUGCAGGGGCUCCUCCAGGUGUGCUGCACUCUGAUGUACAGGAAGCAUCUGAGCUCACAGCAGGCAGCUGUAGACAGUUACAGCACGAGUAACUUUAAAAAGCAUUUUUCAGAAACGCCAUGUGCCUUAAUUUAAAGCCGCCCACAGAACCUGGAAACCCAGCCGCUGAUGAUGAAGUCAGUUUCUGAGUGGCCGCCGCGUGUAACCCCACAGGAGUAUUAACCCCGUCGUCUCUCACUGACAGCGUGAAAAACCGCUAAAGGUUUCCUCUGCGGUGGGCGGGACGCGUCCUCGCCAGCGCUUCUGUAUUUCUGCACUCAGUUCGCUGCAUCUGCGAGUCGUAAUCGAUGAUUUUGGUCUGAACUUUAAACAAUAUUUUUGGUAUGAAAAAGUUCAUUUUUCCGGGAGUGGUCACAUCUUAGAGGCAAGAAUUUUUCAGUAUUUCACAUUUUUCUUCAAAAAGGGAUGAAAUGAUGGCGGCAUCGCUCGGCCCAGUGUCCGUGCUGUGAGCGCUCUGACUUUAUAAACAUUAAACGGGUGAUUUUGUCUGAGACUUUGUGCCGGGCUCGAUUUUACCGCCUUAUGUAAAGUGAGUGUGACACGUUCAUUCAGGCAGGAAGCUGUUACUUUUGUAAUUACAGCGAGUCCUCGGUGGCAGUUUUGUUACCUUUACUACUGUCAGAUUUCAUCUCUUUGGCAGCUGAUCAGCCAUAAUGUGUUCUAAUUUUUGGUAUUUCCCCUGAAAGCUGAGGCGCGCACGCCUGCAGCGAGUAGCGUGACAUGUUUACAGGUUAGUCCGAGUUUUCUCGUUUGAUAUUUCAUGUUUUACACGAACGUUGUUUUUUCUCUUACGAUGAAAUACGCAGAGAAUUUACUUUAACAUAUAUAAAAAUAUAACAUUAAAAUAAACGUUUUUUUCCAUAACUGACUGGCUUUGUAUCUGAGAUGAGUCUCGUGUAUUUACUGUGAACAUUCAGUCGACAUGUGAUUUAUUGUAACAGGCGACUCUGUAUUUGAUCUUUGUCUUCAGUAUUUGACCCACAUGCUGCUGAGGUCUCAGCUGUUGUUUAUUCCUUCAUUCCAGCUUUAUGACGAGAUUUGUUUCCUAAUCACUUCAUGUCGCUGUCUUAUCUUUCUUUAAUAAUUAUAUGUCAAAGCUGUCGUGUCCAAACGGAUCCCAGUCACACAUCUGUGGAACCAAUGAGCCGGUUCAUGUUUCCCCUGGUGUUGGUUGGGGAACUCUGACUCGUUUCUUUGUGUGCGCAGUUCGAUGUCAUGCACAUACCUGUGUUCAAACUUUAUUGUGAAAGUCUGUGUUUAU